GUGCUGGCCCCAUGUGCCCUGACUGAGGAGGUCCUGAAAGAAGGUCUCUCUCUCCUCUGUAAGACUGGCAAUGGCUUGGCCCACGCCUACGUGAAAUUUGAAGCCAAAUACAAGGACUUGACAGACAUCAGCCUCCUCGAAUGCUUCAUUCACCUGCGGUAUGUGGAUUUGUCAGAGAACAAGCUGCAAGAUUUGUCUCCACUGAGCAACCUAACCCACCUGCUUUGGCUGAAGGUGGAUGGGAAUCUGCUUACCAGUGCAAGCAUGGAGGAGCUGCCCUACCUCCAGAUCAUCAGCUUUGCUCACAACCGCAUCAAGGAUACGGAGGGCAUUACUCACCCCCGCUUAGCCAGCCUCAGCCUGAAAGGAAAUAAAAUCCAGACAGCGCUGGGCCUGAGUCACGGCAAAUUGUUCAGUCUGCAAAUCCUGGAGCUGCGAGGAAACAAGCUAGAGAGCACAGCAGGGCUCAGUCUUCCCAAGCUCAAGAACCUGUAUCUGGCCCAGAAUGCCAUUAGAAGCCUUGAAGGCCUUGAGGGGCUAGGGCAGCUGACAACUCUGCACCUGCGGGACAACCAGCUUGAGACCCUGGAUGGAUUCUGUAGUAGCAUGAAGUGCCUGCAGUACCUCAAUCUACGGAACAAUGGCAUCAGUAGCCUUCAGGAGGUGGCAAAACUGCAGGUCCUCCCCAUGCUGCAGGCACUGGUGCUGUUGGACAAUCCAUGCUCUGAUGAACCCAGUUACCGGCUGGAGGUCCUGGUCCUGCUGCCACACCUGCAACGCCUCGACAAGGAAUUAUUUGAGCAAGAUGAGCGAGCAGAGGCAAACAAAAUCCGUCAGGAAAGGCAGGAGGAAGAAAAG